CGGGCACUACAACUCCCACGGAGCAGCGGGCCGCCCUCCCGCACCGGCCGCUUCGCGGCCGCUCGCGGAGGGUCCGCCUGCCGCCGCGAGGGAAGGCCGCAAAGAUGGCAGACGCGGCCGUGGGCAGAGACAAGGGCGCCGAGCAGCGGCUCGUGUCGCUGCCCCUGUCCCGCAUCCGGGUCAUCAUGAAGAGCUCCCCGGAGGUGUCCAGCAUCAACCAGGAAGCCCUGGUGCUCACGGCCAAGGCCACGGAACUCUUUGUUCAGUAUCUAGCCGCCUAUUCCUACAGACACGGCAGUGGAAAAGAGAAGAGAGCGCUGGCUUACAGCGAUUUAUCAAGUACUGCGGAAGAAUCAGAGACGUUCCAGUUUCUCGCAGAUAUAUUGCCAAAGAAGAUUUUAGCUAGUAAAUAUCUGAAAACGCUUAAAGAGAAGAGGGAAGAAGAUGAGAAUGACAACGGUGAAAGUGAUGGUGACGAAGCAGAAUCCUGAACAUUAAGGAAGUGCUUUAAAAACCGGCCUGUCUCUAAACUUUUCAGAGCCUUCAAGUGCAUUGUAUUCUUCCCUGGCUGAGAUAGAGCAUCUGAUGCACCUACCCCUUGAACAGCCAAGAGGAAGGUCACCGCCGCAGGAGCCCCAUCUGACAGGCGCACGCUGCAGUCACAGGGUAGCAGGAAAGGGCUCCCUGGAUAGCUGGACAUUAUGACCUGCUGCAGCUAUAAGCUACAGAGGCAAAGACAAUUUUAACUUAAUUUAGAAAUAAAUUUUGAAGGCCUCUAAAUACCAGUUGUGUAUAUCACGUAUGUGUAUUUUGAAAUUAUUGUAAACAGCUUCAGUUUUAGUUAAAAGUAUAAUUUAUGGGUAGUGUGUUACAUUUGAAUUUUUGUAGUUGAAGGAAAUUUGACUAUUUGUCCAAAACUUAUUUUUUAACUAUAGAGAAAUAAAAUUUUUUAAAAUUAAAAUCUGUACAUAUUUUUACAGUAAUGCACUUUGGAACUAGUUUUAGAACCCUUUUUUAUUCUUAACACCUUAUUACCUGAGACCGUGAAAUUUAAAAUUGAGCUUUUCUGAUGCUUAUUCUGAGAAAAAUGUCAAGUCAAAUUGUUAAAUCAACUAUAAGAAUAUAACUUACACAUAAGCAUAUUUUUCUUAAUUUCAUAUAUUGAAAAUCUCUCGUUUUACUAUUGUUUCUUUACAUGCAUAGUAAUUGCUUUUAUUGUCCAUAAGAGAAAAACAUAAGCCCAGUUUUUUUUCCAUAUAGGCUAAAUUUUUGGCUUUUAAAAUCAUCCUUUAAUGUCCAAGCUGUAGCAUGUAUAAGCAGUUAACAUACAGAAGUUCCAUCACCCCAAGGAUUCCCCUGUGCCCUGCUAGGAGUUAGUCCCUUAGAGUACUAGGCAACCACUCAUGUUCUCUAUCCCUCUUGUUUUUUAAAUUUUAAAAUAAAAUAUUUAAGAAUCU